GGACAAUUCAAGAGGCGCUCUCGGAGAGACGAGAUGGCUAUGGCAGCAGCCUCGCUGGUGGCAGCGCCCAGUACAGCGGCGCUUUCCGGCCCCGCUUGUCAAAUCGGGUGCAAAUCGGAGCAGGCGGAUGUGGGAAGGGCGAGGGCAAAUUGCCGUGCGGUGAAUGCGAUCGCUGCAGAUGGGCUCGCUGCCUUUUCUGCUUCUUCUUCGUCGUCGUCCUCCUCGUGUGGCGGAUCGUUGCAGGUGAGCUGCGGGCGUAGGAAUUCUCGCCUCGCAUGGAAGAGCUCUUCGCAGCUUUUUGGACUCGGUGGAUGUGGAUGUCACGGAUCGAGGCCGAAUGCUCGAGCCCCGGGGAAGCUCCCUCGCGGCGGUUCGGUUCGAAUUUCUGCCGAGAAGAUCGAUCCCACUAAUGUUAUAGCUACACUUGUGAAGCUCGGGAAGCAAGGUCUCGAGGUCGGCACGAAGCUCGUCCCUGAUUCCGUUCCAAGACCUGUGGCCCAAGCUGGUGUAGGAUUGGCCGGUCUAGUGGUGGGAUCUUUCGUCUUGAGGUCACUCUUUUCAACUGUUUUCUUCAUAGUGGCAGUCGGAGGGCUAAGUUACAUUGGGUUUCUUUACUUAACAAAAGGUGAGGGCAGCAGUUCUUCUGGGGGCACUCUUGAUAAGGGUUCUGGUAAGCCUAAAAGCACAGACGAGGCUCUGGAAGAGGCACGCAAAAUCAUGGAUAAGUACAAGUGAUGGAGGGGUCCGCAGUCUGGAGUGCACACGCCUAUUUCACAAAGUGGAUUAGCCAGUUUUUUGACUGGUCAGGCAUGUGACCAUAUUCAUGUGCCAAGGGCUUGUAAAUCUUGAACAGCUCAUGUAUAGAAUGUACAAUGCAGAGUGUUGAACCUGGAAGCGAUUGUAAUCUUAUGGACGGAAGGGAGGGCCUUUUUCCCGCACGAGAAAUACGAGAAGUCAAACUUCCUGAAUUGUUGGGUUGCGUCGAGUUGAGAUUUGAGCCUCUGAGCUGUCCAGCCUUGCCUUUUGCAUCACAUGCCUUGCAUCUGGACAUGAAGCAUUUGCCUGAAUGCACUUAGAAGUCGGUUGUUUCUUUUCGUUUCGACAGAUUGAAUUUUGUGAGCUAUCGGUGUUCGUUCUCAAAUUAGCUCUGAAACUCGCCAUUAAAGAGCUCCUCAAGGGCAGUCAACCAAGGUACACAUGAAAUAACUUGUCGUCUGGCGAUGGUCUCCGUCUGCAACAUUUUCCGACAGUUCGUUAGUAGACAGUAACAAUUAUCGUAGAGAGGGUCGAAGUCCUCAUUGUGGCACAUGGAACACACAGCUACAACUCCUUGCCUAAUUUUCUCACCACCUCGAGAAAGCCAUCAGUUCACCUUUCUUUGCAUCAUUAAGAUUCUUCUUGCUUGAUCCCAGCGGAAGAUGCUUCCCCUAACCACCGGCUAAUGUUGCUCUGGUCGUGCCUGUUUGGGUCACAGUUGGGGUUUCUCAUCUGAAGAUGAUGAGGACGACUGAGCACGAUUCGAGGCUCGUUUUGGCCCGGGGGCCUGUCACAAAGUCCAAUUUCCUGUGCCUCCAGGGGCCGGUCUUCAAGAUACCAUUGCAGCAUCCCGCAGCACCUUAAGCCUGGAUGCCCGAGAAGAAUCCGCUGCUCCCAAGGAGUCCAUCCUGUGGAGAAGUGGGGCCCGGAGCCAUCGACCGACCUUUCCUCCUUCGGAAGCUGCUGCUCAAGAAACGAACCUUGACGGGGGAAUUGAAAAGUCGCUAAACUUUUUCAGAAAAGCCACGAAGUUUUGAAUCUCCCGGUAAAGGUGGGCGGGGGCUGGUCCUGAGGAGAUCAACGACAUGGAAAGUAACGGGGAGUUGAGUUUUUCCAAGUGAGUGGCACGAGGAUUCUCAGUCGAGUGUGACACGGGUAAAAUCAAAUGUUUGAAGGAACAGCUCCUGCCGAAAUCAGCUCCGAUGGAGAUCUUAAGAUGGUCUCUGACGUACGCCCCUGCGUGCUUCGCAACUGUAGAUGUCCUUUAUACGAUUGUCGAGAAUCACUUUCUGCACAUUGGCGAAAACGUGCGACUGUGAGCAGAAAAGAACGUGUGCAUGAAGAGUGGGGCUAACCGAUGUGUCCGAGAAUCAACCCACCGCUCAUGCUGAAUAGAGAGCGAGUCGGCAGAUUCUUAGUUUUAUAAAGCUAAGCGGCGGGCGCGUCAAGAUCCAGGCGAAUUGGAUGUCUCUGACUCGGACCUAUGAUCUGGUGGAAAGUAGGGAAGAGCAUGAGCUGCUGGAAAUGCCGGCCAAAAUUGAAAAACUGUUGAAAAACUGUUACUUAUUGUGUAUUUGCAUACUGAGUCAAAAGGGAUGUGCAGAACCUUGGGUCACUGUAGUUAGAGAUAGGAGGGAGAGAAAAUUCUUUCUCUGCGAAAAGAGAGCAGCUAAGGAUUGAAAAGGCUCGAAGAUGAGAGUAGCAGUUGCUGAACAGUGACCAGAUUGAUUAAUGUCAAUACGCACGAUUCGUCGCUACGAGAUGUGAAGGCUUUGGUGACCACUGUUUAGGCUGACAAGUCGAAUCUGUGAUGAAUUAAAUGAAUAACAAUGCAGGACAUAAAUCUCUCCAGAAAGCAGGACGUGAUGUCUCCGCAGAGGCCGGCACAUUGUCGAGCGAAUAUGGAACCUUGCGACUUUUGCA